AUGUGUCUAAACCGAAGAGCUGAUCCUGGUUAUGAGAGUGGUGCGUGGGAAUUUGUGAGGUGUGUUGGUGCAGAUUUGCGAGAGUCUGAGUUGAUCAUUUGCCCAUGUAUUGAUUGUCGCAACGUAGCUCGUCACUCAGCCAGUGUUAUUGUGGAUCAUCUAGUAACAAGAGGAAUGGAUUUGAGUUACAAGAUGAGGGAGGAUUGGUAUCACCAUGGAGAAGUAAUGUCAGGGACUGACAGUAGAAGCAAUGGAAGUGAGAAGAGGAAUGAGAUUUUAGGGUUAUACCAAGCAGCUGCCUUUGUUGAUGAAGAGUUUCUUAGGCAUGGUGACUUAAGUGAGGUUGCUGAAGGUGAAGAUAAGGCAGAAGAUGAGUUUCUUGCUAAGCUAGCCGAUGCAGAAACACCUCUGUAUCCAAGUUGUGCUAACCACAGCAAGCUCUCUGCAAUUGUUUCACUCUUUAGGAUAAAGACACAGAGUGGUUGGUCUGAUAGAAGCUUCGAUCUGCUGCUUGAGACUUUGCCACAGAUGCUACCCGAGGAUAAUGUCUUGCACACGUCCUUGUACGAAGUGAAGAGGUUUUUGAGAUCUUUUGAUAUGGGUUAUGAGAAGAUACACGCCUGUGUGAAUGACUGCUGUCUAUUCAGAAAGGAGUUUGAGAAGCUAGACAAAUGUCCGAAAUGCAAUGCUUCAAGAUGGAAGAUUAACUUGCGCACAGGUGAUGUGAAGAAAGGUAUUCCACAGAAAGUUCUAAGGUAUUUUCCCAUAAUCCCACGGCUGAAGAGGAUGUUCAGGUCAGAGGACAUGUCAAAGGACUUGAGGUGGCAUUUUACUAAUAAGAGCACUGAUGGAAAAAGCAGACAUCCGGUUGAUUCUGUUACUUGGAAUCAAAUGAAUGACAGAUACCCUUCAUUUGCCGCUGAAGAAAGAAAUCUUCGGCUUGGGCUGUCCACAGAUGGGUUCAAUCCUUUCAACAUGAAGAAUGUGAACUACAGCUGUUGGCCUGUUUUGCUUGUCAUUUACAACAUGUCACCUGAAAAGUGUAUGAAGGAGGAGAACAUCAUGUUGUCGUUGCUGAUUCCUGGUCCAAGCCAACCUGGUAACAAUAUUGAUGUGUACUUAGAACCGCUUAUAGAGGAUCUAAACCACCUGUGGGAAAAAGGAGAGUCAACGUAUGAUGCAGUCAACCACACCACUUUCACAUUAAGAGCUAUGCUUCUCUGGACUAUUCAGGAUUUUCCAGCAUAUGGGAAUCUUGCAGGCUGCAAAGUAAAGGGCAAAAUGGGUUGUCCUGUGUGUGGAAAAAACACAGACAGUAUGUGGUUGAGUAACUGCAGGAAGCACGUUUAUAUGUCCCAUCGGAAAGGUCUUCCUCCCACACAUCCUUAUAGAGGAAAGAAAGCAUGGUUUGAUGGGAAAGCAGAGCAUGGGAAAAAGGGUAGAAUUCUGAGUGGUCAUAACAUAAGCCAUAUACUUAGAAAUUACAAGAAUGAUUUUGGAAAUGUGAAAGUAAUUGGUAGGAAGAGGAAGAUUAAUGAGACGGUUGGAUCAGACUCCAAUACGGAUGAUGAAUCCAGUGAUUCAGAGGAAGAGGAAGAAGCAGUUGAUGAGGAAGAGCUAUCUAGAUGGAAGAAGCGGUCAAUCUUUUUCAAGUUGCCUUAUUGGGAAGAUCUACCAGUUAGACACAACUUAGACGUUAUGCAUGUGGAAAGAAAUGUUGCUGCAAGCCUUAUAGCUACAUUGUUGCAUUGUGGAAAAUCAAAAGACGGUCUUAACGCGAGAAAAGAUCUGGAACUGCUGGGUAUUAGGAAGGAUUUACAUCCUCAACCCCGUGGGAAAAGAACAUACCUUCCUCCCGCUCCUUGGUCUCUGUCCAGCAAAGAGAAGAAAGUAUUCUGCAAGCGGCUAUCGGACUUCAGAGGUCCGGAUGGUUAUUGCUCAAAUAUAUCAAGGUGUGUGAAGUUAGAAGAAUCUAAGAUAUCAGGAUUGAAAUCACAUGAUUACCAUGUCUUGAUGCAACAGCUUCUCCCAGUUGCUAUUAGAGGAUUAUUACCUAAAGGUGUUAGGAUAGCUAUUGGCCGCCUGUGUGCUUUCUUCCAUCAUCUCUGUCAGCGGGUAAUCGAUGUAGAGAAAAUUACAGUAUUGGAAACUGAAAUUGUGGAAACCCUCUGCAUGUUUGAGAGGUUUUUUCCUCCAAGUUUCUUCGAUAUAAUGAUGCAUUUGGUAGUUCAUCUAGCCAGGGAAGCUCGGUUAUGUGGACCAGUUCAUUUCCGAUGGAUGUACCCAUUUGAGAGAUACAUGAAAGUGCUGAAAGACUUUGUAAGAAACCUUGCAAGACCAGAGGGUUGUAUUGCUGAAGCGUAUCUUGCAGAGGAAUGUGUUAGGUUCUGCAGUCAGUUCUUGAAAAAAACAACAAGUUAUGAGGAGAAACCUGAUAGAAAUACUGAGUUCGAGAGCAGCUCUAUUCUUGAAGGCCGUCCAAUAUCUGCAGCCACUUGUCGUGUUCUUUCUGAGAAGGAUAUGAAGAUUAUACAUCUUGCUGUGAUUCAGAAUAUGGCAAUCGUCGAACCUUAUGUGGACAUGCACCUACAGCAUCUACAGGACACUAAUGAAAAAUGUAGACGUGAUGCAACAACAUUAUGGAGACUUCAUUCACAAAAAUUUGCUUCUUGGUUAAAAGACCAGAUACCUAUUAGCUCAGAGAAUCACGAUGAGACACUGAAAUGGCUGGCCUACGGUCCUCGUCUUAGCUCUAGGUCUUUCACUGGUUACAUAAUUAAUGGUCUGCGGUUUCACACGAUUUUAGUUGACAGGCAAAGUCAGAACAGUGGUGUUCUAUAUGAGGCAACAGCUAUGUGUAGAUCUAGUGCAAAAGACACUUCGCAGAUGGUUGAUUUGGUAACAUACUAUGGCAGAGUGUUGGAGAUUCUGCUGAUCGAUUACAAUACCUUUUACAUUCCUGUAUUUCGCUGUCAGUGGGCAAAUAUAGGUAACGGAGUGAAGGUUGAAGAUGGCUUCACACUAGUCAACCUCAACCAAAGUCAAAUGGCUUUUGCAGCUGAUCCAUACAUCCUCGCCUCACAAGCAAAGCAAGUCUUUUACUCAAGAAUAGAUGAGUCAUCUAGUUGGUAUGUAGCUAUGAGAGGUCCUACAAGAAGAUACCGUGAGGAAGAUGCUGAAGAUGGACAUGCAGAUGUUGGUCCUAUGCCAGCAGUAGUAGCCAUGGAUGCUGAUGACUUGGUUGAUGAAUCUAGAAAUGCUCGAGCUGACUGUGAAGGAAUAUAUGUUUGA